AUGGAGGCCAUGGAAUCGGGUCUAGAUCCCCUUCAACAUCCAUAUGUCGCCCCUCUGACGAUUCCGGAACCUGAUUUCAUAAAUAAACCAUAUGCAUUCCUCAAGACCUUUGACACCAUUUUCUUAAUUGACGAUAGCGACGGACAACCUUGGUAUCAAACUCAAGCAACCCCUGCUACCGACAACUGUCACGGGCUCUACCUGUGCUACAAUUUACGAAGCGAGUGUCAGCGUCACCAUCGAAGAGGUCGGGGCAAACGCAGAAAUGAAGCAUUCUGGACGGAUUUCAAUUCAAGGCCCGAUGCGGAUAUCUUCGAUGGACGCGAAUGUCUUUUUGAAGACGAGAAGGGCAGCCUCAAGACACCGGCGCUCGCAAAUCUCGACACUGGACUCAAGGUGCCCGGUGGUUUGAUCAUGUCGUCCCAAUACGCCAAGGAGAUCGGACGUUAUCAGGACAUUUCGGAGGAUUUCGUCGACCCAUGUCUGCGGAGCAUCUCAGGCCACCUCACCCCAGUGACCGGGGUGCUCCGAGACGUAGUUUUCCGGGUCAAAGGAUCGUCCGUCACAUUCAAGCGCAACUUCUUCGUGUGCGAUGCCAUCGACGGUCUGGUCGACAUCAUGUUCGGCGCCCACUUCAUCAUCGACCAGUUCACGAUGUUGUUCGGACGAGUGAAGGAAUGUCUCGGCACGUUUGCAACAUGGUUUUCGACCCGGAAGGAGACCAAUGGGGAAAGAGAGGAGAGAGAGCGCCGUGAGCGCGAUCAAAAAAUCAGGGCGAACGAGAGGGAGAUCGCGCGUUUGCGUAAGGAGCAGCAGAUGCUGGAGGCUGCGAACAGGCAGAGUCAAGGAGGUGGUGCUGGCCAUGGCCAGUGA